CUGGGUGGGUGGAAAGGAUGUGAGUCCUUUGGGUUUGAGAGCGAUGGGCCAGUUGGGGUAGCCGCCGCCGCCGCCCGUUUCAGGUGGUACCCGGGUUUUGCUCAUCAUGUCUGAGAAUUUUCCUCAAACAGAGACUGAUCAUUCUUGCUCACACUAUCAGUGCCAGUCAAGUUGCAGGAUGAUGUUUAAUGUGUGCCAGGAAGCCGAGAUCUUGCUGCCCUUUACUCCAGAACAGCAUCUCAACCCAGUCAUGAAUUUAACCCGGGAAUUUGGGAAUCUAAGCACAUUAGCAGGGGAUACUCCAAGACGUUGCCUAGAUCUGUCCAAUCUCAGUAACGAGGAAGAGGAAAUGGCCUUUAGCUUCAGCCACUCCCCAGGAACAUUGGAAACUGGUCAGAAGAGCUCAACAGGACCUGAAGAUCCCCAAGGCUCAAGGAGGCAAUGUGUGCAGCAGCUCCAGCCCCAGGUCCUGUGCAGCACCCCAAGCGGCAUCCGCCGAGGCAGCAGGGAGAUCAGCAGUCCUUCCUUAAACAAGGAGAAUGAAGGAAGGCUAUUUAAGCACCCAGGAUGGCACAUGGCAAAGUCCUUGCUGUUCCAGAAGAGACUACCCAUCUCACAGCAGGCCUGCUAUGAUGCAGUGGAGGGAGCAGGAAGGCUGGAGAUGAAAGAUCUUGGCAGCCCAAUCGCUACAGUGGCACCACCAAGAAUUCCAGGUGCCUUUUCAGAGCUUUGUCCUGAUGAGCAAGAGGAAGCAGAGAAACCACUUGCUGAUCACCUUUCCAGCAUGGCUAUUUUGCUCUCUGGACCCCUCCUUACCCAGGACAUCAAUGUCAGUGAGGUCUCCAUGAACAAGAGCCGUCUCUUCCGCUCCCCAUCACUGCCAGAAAAACUGAACAAGCCCUUGCAGAAGAGGCCAGUAAAGGUCCACAGCGAUGAAACUGUCCUCAAGGUGAAACAAAACAACAACCUUGUCCAAGAGGAGCCAGAUGGGAUGAUGCUGUUGAAGAAGACGGUCUCUCUUUCUGACAUGGAAAUCAUCAGGGCACUUGAUCAAGACUAUGGCAUCAGGCAACUGAUUGGAGAUUUCUCUAGUGUGUAUGCACUGCCAACAGUAACAGGGAGGCAUCAGGACCUGAAAUACAUCUCUGCUGAGACUGUGAGCCAUGAGUACUACUACUCUCUCCCUCCCUCCCUCUCCCCCAUGGCUGCUCUGCUGCAAGAUCAGUUCCAAAGCCUUAUAGAGAAGUUCUUCACCAUUGACUGUCGUUACCCCUAUGAGUAUCAUGUGGGUCAUAUUAAGGGGGCUUUGAACAUCCACAGGCAAGAGGAUCUCUUUGAUUUUUUCCUGAGGAAGCCUCUUUUCCCCUCAGCACCGCAAAAGCGUCUCAUCCUCGUGUUCCAUUGCGAAUAUUCUUCUGAGAGGGGCCCCAAGAUGUGUCACUACCUGAGGGAAGAAGACCGAGCCAUGAAUGAGUAUCCUGCAUUGCACUAUCCUGAACUUUAUGUCCUUCAGGGCGGCUACAAGGACUUCUUCUCCACAUACAAGGAGCUGUGUGAGCCUCAGGGUUACUGCCCCAUGCACCACCAGGAUUUCAAGGCCGAGCUGCUCAAGUGCCGUGUCAAAAGCAAAGUGUGGGCAGGAGAACGGAAACGGAGGGAUCAAGUUGCUCGCCUCAUGAAGCUGUGAGGAGGCCAGAGAGUCACUCUGCUCUCCUUGGACUCUCCCCUGGCAAUCGGGAAGCCUGAGGGCUCAGCAGUAGAGGCGGCUGCUGAGAGGCGAUUAAAAAGUUGACGUGUUGGGACCACAUGGCACUGAAGGAGGCACACCCACGGAGAGGCCCCUUCACCUCACAGGCUUCACUCGGGUGAGGUGGCGCUUGUGCUUCCCAGCUUCAUAGCAGAAGGGGAGCCACGAGGUGGGGUGGGGGUGUGCCCGUGAGAAAGCUGGGCACGGUUCUUAGGGGCUAGCUUGCAUGCAUGUGGUCCCCACGUGGUCCCAUAAGUUUUGUCUGGAGGUAGGAAGCUAAACUGCCAAGUCAUCCAGUAGUUGCCAGUAAGAACACUUCCCUACUUUUAGGGUUUCUGCAUUUGUUUGUCAGGUUUUAUAAAGAAGAAUAAA